AUGAAAUUACCUAUCGUUCUCCUGAGUACGCUGGUGCCUGCCCUGGCCUGGUCACCAACAGACUCGUAUGCCCCAGGGAACGUCUCAUGCCCGGCCUACGUUCAUCAAUCAGAUACCGGGUUGGUCCGAGCAGCCGACUCGCUAAGUGACGACGAGUCCACCUGGAUCGACAAAAGGCACGAGAUCACGGACAAAAACUUGAUCUCGUGGCUCGAGCACGCGAACAUUACCGAUUUCAAGCCCGCGGAUUUCAUCAACAACGCGAACCGUUCCAUCAACAUUGCCGUUGCUUUCAGUGGAGGUGGAUACAGGGCCAUGCUCAACGGAGCAGGCCAGUUGUCUGCUUUGGAUAACAGAACAGAAGGUGCUUACGAACACGGUCUUGGUGGUCUCAUCGAGUCCACUACGUAUCUUGCAGGCUUGUCCGGUGGAAACUGGUUGGUGGGUACUUUGGCCUGGAAUAACUGGACCUCGGUUCAAUCCAUUGUGGAUGGAAACGGCAUUUGGGAUCUUAGGCAUUCCAUCAUUUCCCCUGGUGGUUUUAAUGUCUUCAAGGACCUAGGCUAUUGGGACGACAUUGAUGAUGAUCUCGACGCUAAAGAAGACGCAGGCUAUGACCUUUCGCUUACUGAUGUCUGGGGUCGUACUCUUUCUCAUCAAUUCUUUCCCAAUUACACCGAUGCCGGAGCUGCUCUGACAUUCUCCACUUUGAGAGAUGCCUCUGUGUUCAAGUCUCACCAGAUGCCAUUUCCAGUGGUAGUUGCUGAUGGAAGAACUCCCGGCUCAUAUGUUAUCAGCGGCAACUCCACCAUUUUCGAGUUCAAUCCAUUCGAAAUGGGCUCCUGGGAUCCUUCGCUGUAUUCUUUCACGGAUGUGAAGUACCUCGGAACCCCUACCAAGAAUGGAGUGCCUACCGAUGAUUGUGUUGGUGGGUUUGAGAAUACCGGCUUCAUCAUGGGAACUUCGUCUACCCUCUUUAACCAGUUCAUUCUUCAGCUCAACACCUCUUCGCUUUCAGGUGCUUUGUACGAUAUCGUCGAGCAUUUCCUCAAGGAUCUGAGUGAUGAUGACAACGAUAUCGCCUCGUACACUCCUAACCCCUUCUAUGGUACCAAGUGGGCAGGUGUGGAGAGUAUCGUCAAGAACGAAACUCUUUACCUGGUUGAUGGUGGAGAAGACGAUCAGAACAUCCCGCUGUAUCCUCUUCUGCAGUCUCAGCGUGACGUUGACGUAAUAAUUGCCUUUGACAACUCUGCCGAUACCGACCAGUACUGGCCCAAUGGAACCUCGUUGGUUUACUCGUACGAACGUCAAUUCUCGACUCAGGGUAACGGUACUGCUUUCCCAUACGUUCCAGAUAUGGAGACGUUUUUGGCUUUGAAUCUGACUGCGAAACCAGCCUUUUUUGGCUGCAACGGCUCUAACCUGACUUCGCUGCUGGACGAGGUCGGAGCCGAGACCGUUCCUCCUUUGGUCGUUUACAUGGCUAACAGGCCAUUUUCGUACCAAAGUAACACCUCUACUUUCAAACUUUCAUAUACCGACGAAGAGAGAAACUCGAUUAUUCAGAACGGAUUUGAGGUGGCCUCUCGUCUAAAUAUGACUUUGGAUGACGAAUGGCGUGCCUGUCUUGGUUGUGCAAUUGUUCAGCGUGAAUUUGAGCGUCAAGGAAAGUCCAUUGGUGAACAAUGCACCAAGUGCUUUUCUGAAUACUGUUGGGAUGGAUCCUAUGAUGACGACAGUGUCAUUGGUGUGAAUUAUACCACUGAUGGUUUGACCAAUGGAGACCAAUCCACAGAAGGUUCUAGUGGAACCGCCAAAUCAGGUGCCAGUUUUGUUAAUCCUGGCUGGGCCUUGGUAACCACGGUUUUGGCUGUCGUUAUGGCGGUGACUCUUUAG